AUGAAGAUGUGCGUUCUCUCGAUCGUCCUACUUUUAGGUAACACUGUCAUUCUCCGAGCUUCCGUUACUAGGCCGGUUCCCUCGGAUGGUGAUGGUCCUGCGUCUCAGGUGUGUCAGCAGUGCUGCCAGGGACCUGCUGCAAUACCCGGCAUACCAGGUCUGCCUGGGCCGGUGGGACAGAUGGGUCCCUAUGGGCUUCCGGGGUCGAAGGGCGUUGCAGGUCAGCAAGGUCAGAAGGGUGAGAUUGGUCAGAUUGGCCCUGUGGGUGAUCGGGGAGCACCUGGGAACACUGGGUCUAACGGUGAUGAUGGGAUUGGCCUGCCUGGCAAGAUAGGUCCGAGAGGACCCCCGGGUUUAGUUGGAACAACCGGGGACACUGGUGUCAAAGGUCAGAAGGGUGAGCCAGGGGUGACGCGCGUACGAGGCGACUCCAACCAGCGGGUAGCAUUCACCGUGGUGAGGACGAGCAACUCGGAUACCUCUACGAGUCACUACACCCGUUUGCCCUUCCAGGAGACCUUGACGCUUCUGCCGGGUACCAGCUUCGAUCUCGAGUCUGCCACAUUUACAUGUAGUGUGCCGGGCACCUACGUGUUCUUGUUUUCGGUGUUGAAAACUUCUUCCUGCGCCCACUUGGACGUUCAUCUUAAAAAGAAUGACGACUGGGUUGUCUCCGGUGCUAGCAGUGAUUCAAGUAGCGCUGAGCAGGUGUCUGGAAGCGCGGUUUUGGUUCUGCAGCGAGGAGACACGGUGUAUCUGACCAUGAAUGGUCAGGCGUGGAGUAAUUCCAGACACUACACCUCACUCAGUGGCUUCCUACUUUACCCCGAAUAA